UUCUUCAGAUGUUGUCGCAGUAUCAGUGGGCACCUACUUUGAACUUCGCUUCUACAAUUCUGAGGCGCCUUGUCUAUACCGAAAUGCAAGUUUCGUAAGCAGGAAACAUGAUUAAAGAUAACAACGAAACUAUUCCACUAAUGGGCAAGAAAACAAAUCCGUCUGGUAUUCCCCCUUCAAACCAGCAAGAGAAAAAACCAAGUGAAAGCACUCCCACAAAGAAAAGUUCACACUUUUUUCUGGAGAUUGAUGGUUUUGAAAGCAAUGCAACUCCAAAUAAUACGUCUCCCCCUGUGUUUUCAAAACCAAUGGAUUCAAAUAUUCGUCCAUGUGCAUCUGGAAAUGGGGAAGAUAUGGAUUCCCCACAGUCUCUUCAGGAUGACGCGACUGAAUAUAGCCCUAAUGUAGACAGUUGUUGUGCUAACAUAUCACAAGGACCCGAGCAGACUAGUGCCCGGAAGAAGCUGAAAAAAUACAUAUUUCGGGCAGUAUCUGAGGGGAACGUAGAACAACUGCAAUGUCUGCUUGCAGAGCUGAAGGAACGAUCAAACGCGUGUACAAACAUGACUGUUACAGAUUAUCUGAUGAAAAAAUUCACAGAUUCAGACACUGGCAAAACUUGUCUGAUGAAAGCUCUGCUGAACAUCAACCAAAACACAAAUGAGAUAGUGAAUAUGCUACUAUCCUUUGCAGAAGAAAAUGGUAUUUUGGAGAGAUUUAUCAAUGCAGCAUACACAGAAGAGGCAUAUAAAGGCCAGACAGCUCUAAAUGUUGCCAUCGAAAGAAGACAAUAUGAAAUAACUCAGAGCCUUAUAGAAAAAGGAGCUGAUGUCAAUGCUCAUGCCCAGGGUGUUUUCUUUAAUCCCAAACAUAAGCAUGAAGGCUUUUAUUUUGGUGAAACUGCACUGGCAUUAGCUGCAUGUACUAAUCAACCAGACAUAAUACAACUGUUAAUGGAGAAUACCAGGACUAAUAUUACUUCUCAGGAUUCAAGAGGAAACAAUAUCCUCCAUGCAUUAGUUACUGUGGCAGAGGACUUUAAAACCCAGAAUGACUUUGUAAUCAGAAUGUAUGAUAUGAUUUUGUUGAAAAGUAAAGACAGAAAUUUGGAAACAACAAAGAAUAAGGAGGGUUUGACACCACUACAACUAGCUGCAAAAACUGGGAAAUUAGAGAUUCUGAAAUACAUCCUGAGCAGAGAGAUAAGAGAUAAGCCUAACAGGAGCCUGUCAAGAAAAUUCACAGACUGGGCUUAUGGUCCUGUUCAAUCUUCUCUUUAUGAUCUGACAGAACUAGAUACCACCUCAGACAAUUCAGUGUUGGAAAUUAUUGUCUAUAAUACGAAUAUUGGUAAUCGUCAUGAAAUGCUGACUUUGGAGCCUCUGAAUUCACUCCUGCGAAUGAAAUGGAAGAAGUUUGCACAGCACAUGUUUUUUAUGUCAUGCUGUUUUUAUUUCCUAUACAAUAUAACAUUAACGUUAGUUUCCUACCACAGGCCUAAUGAAAAUGAAGCUCCACCUUAUCCACUAGCUCUAACACGUGGUGUGGGAUGGCUGCAGUUAUCAGGACAGGUGAUGGUUAUGUUAGGAGCAAUAUUUUUAGCCAUAAAAGAGAGUGUAGCCAUCUUUCUGCUUAGGCCCUCAGACCUGCAGUCAAUUCUCUCUGAUGCGUGGUUCCACUUUGCAUUUUUUAUACAAGCUUUGCUGGUGAUCUUCUCUGUCUUUUUGUACUUGUUUUCCUACAAAGAACACCUCGUGUGUCUUGUUUUGGCAAUGGCCCUAGGAUGGGCUAAUAUGCUCUAUUUCACCAGAGGUUUCCAGUCCAUGGGCAUUUACAGUGUUAUGAUUCAAAAGGUCAUCCUGCAAGAUGUGAUAAAAUUUUUAGUUGUCUAUAUCGUGUUUUUGCUGGGAUUUGGCGUAGCUCUUGCUGCAUUGAUUGAAACUUGCCAAGAUGGCAGUGAAUGCCAUUCCAACAGCAGUCUGGGACCUGUUCUGAUGGAUCUUUUUAAGCUCACCCUAGGACUGGGUGAUCUGGAGAUCCAGCAGAAUUCAAAGUAUCCUGUACUAUUUCUUCUGCUCCUCAUAACUUAUGUUGUGUUGACUUUUGUUCUUCUCUUGAACAUGCUGAUUGCAUUAAUGGGAGAAACAGUGGAAGAUAUUUCCAAAGAGAGUGAGCACAUCUGGAAACUCCAGAGAGCCAGAACUAUUUUGGAAUUUGAAAAAUUCUUACCAAAAUGUUUGAGGAAAAAAUUCCAACUGGGAGAACGGUGUAAAGUGGCUGAAAAUGACACCAGGGUGUGUUUAAGGAUUAAUGAAGUGAAAUGGACCGAGUGGAAAACACAUGUUUCAUUUAUUAAUGAAGAUCCAGGGCCAACAGAUCCAAGCAAAGUUCAAGAUAAUUCAAGAACUAAUAGCAAAACCACCCUGAAUACGUUUGAAGAAAUGGAUGAUUUGCCUGAAACUUCUGUUUAGUUGUGCUGUAUUUGAUAUGUGGUUGUUCUGAAGGUUAAAAGCAUCAUCAGCAGUGGAUGCUGAAAGCUUUGUUGAUGUUUUGGACAGCUGUAACCAGCUGGAACACAAACUUUCAGUGACAUGGUCUGAUGACUUUAACCCAUUUAAUCAGGGCAGCUAAGCUAAAAUCAAACAGACUAUUUCACUGGUUCAAUUUUGAGCCUCUUGAAAACUGUUGCUGUCCAAGUUUGUGUGAUGCUACUCAAACUUGGCUCUAGAAUUUUUACUGGAUAAAAAAGGUCAAAUGUGAGAUAUUUCUUCCUUUUGUGGAAAAUUAAGAACAUCGUGAUCCCAAUCCGCUGUCUUUUGGAAUCUCUAAUUCAUGAGAAACAUUUUGUACACUGAAAAAAGUUAAGUUCUUGUCGUGGAGAAAAGAAAGGCAUUUCAAUUCUGAAGACUACUAAAUGAAGUACGUUAUUUGAAAUAACAAUGUUCUGGAUACAUUUGAAGCUUUUGUAUUGACUGUCAGUGUUAUUGGAGGCUUGAAUCCCGCAAGUUGGAGAAAGCCUCUUCAGGUCUCAUUAGCUUUGCCUGAUCUGUUUUCCUGUAUGUAAUCCCUAGGGUAUAAUGUGGUGUUUACUGCUUUGUAUUUAUUACUAUGUAUAUACGCUUUCCCAUAAAAUACCAGGGCAGAAACAUAAUGAUGGAGAAUAUUUCCAAGUUUGUUCCAGUCACAAGGUCUUCACUUUUCCUACUCAGCUCUUCCAUGCUGUUGCACCUUGCUGUGUAACAUAAGUUAUCACAUUGGAAGUUCCUUCAGUUUAAAAGGAAAUUAAUUUCUGUAUUCAACCACUUCAGAAAAAUAAGAAGUCAGUAUUUCUUCCCAAAAUGAACAAAAUAAGUUAAAUGCAAUGCAAUUGCAGACUUUUAAAGCGCUUUUUUUUUUAUAUUCAGAGGACUAUGUAAUGCAUUUCUGUAGCACUUUUUAUUUUGCUACCUGUGAUGACCUAGUACUAUGAAUUAUAUUUUUAGUUUUCUGUUUUAUGUGUGUAUGUAUUAAAAAAAAAAAAAGUUUUUUCUAUGUACUUUUAAAUUUCAAUUAGUACAUCAUGUGUCUUCAUUGUCAUGGUUUUUCAUCAUAUGUAUUCAUGUGGUGCCUGUUUUAAAGGUGCUAUUUAGGAAAGACUCAGGUGAAUUCUGUUCUGCAUUUGAAUGGUAAUAUGAAUUGCAUUGGAUUCUUACAGCUAAGCCUGCUGUGGGCAAAAUGAUCCAAAAGACUUUCUUAACACAGAAGAGAGCAUGAGGGAACUCUCCAGCAGAAAGGAUAGUGCAAAGCUAUUUGCAGGGAUGGUGAACACGGUUCUCGCUACCCAACCGGUCUUCUGUAGAUGCCGUAUCCUGUGUUUCCUACCACGUAUGGCCUGGAUGGAUGGGAUCAAAUUGAAAUCUUCAAUUCAGUUACGUUUUUACAGGCCAUAGGAAUUUGAGGGGAAGGACAUUAAUGCUAUUCAAUAGACCAAUGUGUAAUAUCUGAGCAUUGUUUGGCUGCCUUAGUAGGAUAUGUGAAUAUGAGAAGAAAAAUUCCUGUGGUCUUGGAAUCUUUCAUUUUUGCUGGUUAAUUUUGCAUUGAAACUGCCAACAAAAAAUAUUGCCUUAGGACUGUGCAGUUCCGUUUGGAUUCGAGUGCCAGUUUUUGUACAAAAAAAAUACCUCUUCACAUAUACUCAGGAACCAGAAUAAACUAGCCUGCACUGUACUCCAUGUUGCUAUGGGUAGACUUGUCACUGAAAACAAGUUCACAUAUCUCUGUGCUGUACUGAGGUCAUGCUGUAGGUGUAGCCAUAAAACAGGGAAGGCACAAAUAAAUGUAAGGAAUGUGCUGUGCCACUGUUCAGGUGCAAAACUGUAUGAUAAAACUGAGGAAGAAGCUGCGGGGGUUGUUUCUAGAAGUUAUUUGCUGAGAAAAUACUCUCCUCUUAUGGCCACAGAACCCUGCCAGAUCACACAUACUGUCUCCUAUCUCAAGGCUUUUAUCAAAAACACUAUGAAUAAUGACUAGAGCAGAU